AUGUCAGCUAGUGAAUUUGCCAACAUAUUAACAUUAAUAGGACCGACUAUAGCAAAACGGGAUACAAAUUACAGAUCCGCUAUUCCAAUACAUGAACGUUUGGUUAUAACUAUGCGUAUUUUAGCUGCAGGCGAUUCUUUUAAUAGCCUAAUGUACCUUUUUAGAGUUUCGAGACAGAUUAUAUCUCGAAUAAUGCUUGACAGUUGUCUAAUGGGAAACAUAAUUGUACAUGCUCCGAUAUACAGUGACUCAGAGUACUAUAAUUAUAAAGGCUCUUAUAGCAUUCUAUUAUUUGAAAUUGUUGAUGCUAACUAUUCUUUUAUAUAG